UUUUUCUAAAAAUCAUAGUUAUCUUAGACAAUUAAAAACAAAGCAUUUCCUGUCAUAUGUAAUUAUAAUAGUUAGCAUCUUCGCGUGUGUUUUGUGCGCAUCAAAAUGAGUGAUAGCGACAAUUCAGAUACCCCAAAUGAAAUUUUGGAAGCUGCAAGCGUUGCGACCCUAAGUCUGCUCCCUGCAAAAUCACAACAACUUUACAUGAAACAGUAUGAAAAUUUUGUUGAGUGGUGCAAGAUGAAAAAAAUCAAGCAUUGGACUGAAAAUGUUUUUUUGGCGUUUUUCUCUGAAAAGGCCAAAUCAUGCAAAGCCUCAACUUUAUGGUCUUUGUAUUCAAUGGUAAAGGCAACGACAAUUGUAAAAAACGACAUUGACAUUAGUAAAUUUCCAAAAGUAGUAGCAUUUUUGAAACAACAAAGCAGGGGAUAUUUGGCCAAGAAAUCGGCCAUAUUUACUAGGGACGAUAUUAACAAAUUUUUGUUGGAAGCUCCUGACAUGACUUAUUUAAUGUGGAAGGUUUGCAUGAUAAUUGGAAUAACUGGAGCAUGCAGGCGUGACGAAUUACGAAAAAUGUCCAUAUGUGAUAUCGAAGACAAGGGGAACAUGUUAGUAAUCACCAUCCCGCAAACAAAAACCGGCAAAAAAAGAAUAUUUACAAUCACUGACGAAAUUCUGGAAACCGUACAUGUUUUAGAGCUUUUUAGAAAGUACUUAGUCCUGCGACCUUCACAUACACCACAUAACACGUUUUUUAUAAAUUACCGCAAUGGAAAAUGCUCUACACAGGUGGUGGGAGUCCAUACAUUUGGGAAGAUACCAUCCUUAAUUGCACAGUAUUUGAAAAUACCAAACUUCACCAACUAUACCGGCCAUUCAUUUCGAAGGAGUUCAGCCUCACUACUAGUUGAAGCUGGGGGAGAUAUCCUUAUGUUGAAGCGCCAUGGUGGAUGGGUUUCUUCAACAGUCGCAGAAGGAUAUAUAGAAGAUUCCAUGGCUAGCAAAAUGGAAAUUUCAAGCAAAAUUUUGACAGGCAGGGAUGGCCCUUCAACUUCCCAGCUUCCUAUGAACACCACUGGCCCCUCAACUUCUCAGGUUCCCACUCACACCACUGGCCUCACCAGUAGGACCACAGAAACUGAGAAUCUUACGGAAAACAUUCACAAUUCAUUAAGCAAUCAAGCACUUUCUUCAAGCUCUUUCAGUGGCAUCCACUUCUCAAAUUGCACUCAGUGUACCUUUAAUAUUAAUAUUAACAAUAGUAGUACUUAAGUACCUAGAUAUUAAUACUUAUAGCUUAGAU